AUGGAUCCAUUAUUGAAAUCAUCCACCAUUACGAUCCUCGGGCUCGCGACUUGCGUGCUGGUACUCGCAAUUUCGGUGCUGACGAGAUUUCGAAGCACGAAGAAGCUUGUGGCGCGGGCGAGUAGUCCUGGUGAGAAAGAGAAAGGCGAGCAAGGACCAUUUCGAACGCCACUCCCAGAGCCAGCAGAAGGUUACAAGCUCGAGCUUACGGAACCGAAGCUCUAUCGCCCAUUCCGACAUGGCAAAAACUUCGUUACCAUGGGUAUCCGAAAGAUGGACUGGAAUGAAUGGAUCGAGAUGGAUUCAAACUUCGUCCGGUACCAUGAUAUCAAGGUUCAGCAGCUGGAGAAAGACAUCGAUGCUCAUGUCGGAUACGUCGACAAUAAGGUCACGCGAUUGGCCUGCUUCGAGGUUUACGAAGAAUUGACGCAGUACCUCACACAUCGCUUUCCAGAAAUGUUCUCGCUGAAGGACGGUAUUCUGAGGAACUCGGUGACGGAAGAAAAAUUCCCGUACCCGGCUACACCAAAGGAGGCUAUGGCUACGGCCGCGAAGCUGAUUCAAGAUGAUAUAGCACUCAUGGUGCUGAAUGACGGUAAUUGCAUAGUUAUGAGAUUAUAUGACGGGGCUGGUGCUAAAACUGCUACAGACGGCCAAUACCAUCUCGAUGCCGGCGCAGUCUGCCUCCCAGGAUUUUGGCGGCUGAAGGAGAAGUUCAGAAUGUCGCUCGACACAUUGCACAUCGAAGCUGGCGUCCCGCACUACCAAGAAAAGCUCAUGAAGUCGAUGAACCGCUUCUUCGCACGCAUGACACCCGAACAGCCAGUGAUCAGAAACAACGUAAGUGCUCUGUCCAUAACUUCCCUUUCCAGCACACGUACUCACAAUCUCUUGAAGUUCUUCAUUCAGCUUGACGACGGCCUCCACUGGUCCCACCGCAUGGGCGACGAAAAGAACGUCGACCAAGUGGCAUCCUGGGCGACCGCCAACUCGAAGGAUCUCACCAUCGACGAGAUCCACUUCCGCUCGGAGAGGCAAUCCCUGCGUCGUCUCCCUAAAUCUGGAGCUCUCAUGUUUACCAUUCGAACCUAUUUCGAGCCUAUUACAGUCGUUGCGCAGGAACCGCAUGUGCCUGGUAGAUUGGCAGAAGCAAUUCGCGCAUGGGACGGGACGGUCAGUCAUUAUAAAGGGAGGAGCCACUGGGAGGGAAUAAUGUUGCCUUAUUUGGAUGAGAUGCAUCAGAAGCAGGUGGAGAGUGGGGCGCUAGAGACGGAGGAGGGAGAGUUUCCGUUUUAG